AUGACCGAAUUACCCGGAAAGACGCUUCUUGAAGUCAUCGAAACUCUGUCGCCGGGCGAGAUCGUCGACAUCGGGAUGGACCUUCGAACACACUUGUCCGAGUUUCGCCGUAUACCGAACCCGUAUCCAACUCAAGUCUGGGGUGCAUCUGGAGGUGAAUGGCUGGCGCCCCGUUUUCAUUAUGAUUGGGAUAUGCCGGUUUUUGAAGAUGUGGCAGCGUUCCACAACUGGAUCCAGAGCGUGACCGGGCAGUACUGGCCAUUGGUUCAGCCGAAAGUAGAGAAGACAUUCGCCAAGUAUCACAACACACCGACCGUAUUCACCCAUGGCGAUAUCGCGCCUCAUAACAUUCUGAUCGAAGGGGGAAGGAUUUCAGGACUGAUCGAUUGGGAGACGUCCGGUUGGAUGCCGCAUUACUGGGAGAAUAUAUGCUGUGUGGAACCAAACCGCCGCGGACCGGAGGCGUUCAGGAAGGUGCUUGAGAUCGCAUUGGCUGACUUUGGAGCGGGUGAAGGAGAUGGCAUAACUCAGGCUUCCGAAACAACUUUCAACCACCCGCCAUGGGAAACGAUGUCAAAGGAAGAGAAAGAAUGGUAUUGA